AUGGCCACAUCAAAAGUAACAGAUGACAGCUUCGAAGCUGAUGUGAUCGAUGCCAGCCAGCCUGUACUAGUGGACUUCUGGGCAGAGUGGUGCGGUCCGUGUAAGCAGAUCAGCCCGGCUCUUGAAGAGAUCGCAGGCGACCUUGGCGACAAGCUCACCAUUGCGAAGCUCAACAUUGAUGAGAACCCGAACGUGCCUACAAAAUAUGGCGUGCGCGGCAUCCCAACGCUGAUGAUCUUCAAAGAUGGUCAGGUUGCAGCGACCAAGGUUGGCGCACUGCCAAAGGGCAAGAUCAAAGAGUGGAUCGAAAGCGAGAUUUAA